AUGGAGGUAUUGAAGCAAAUGCCCGUUAAUGCCUGGGUAUGUAAAGUUAUGAAAGACCUUGUUAUGAAGAAUCGGAUAGUUAGUUUUGAGACGGCGGACAAUAUCCAUCAUUAUGGUGCUAUUUCCACAAGGUCAUUGGUGCAGAAAAAAGCAAACCCAGGAGAAUUUACCAUCUCGUGCACUAUUGGCCCUCUUGAUUUUGCAAAAGCUCUAUAUAACUUAGCAGCCAGUAUAAACUUGAUGUCGCUUGAUAUGUAUAAGAAAUUAGGUUUGGGGGAUCAUACUCUCAUAAAUAUGAGAUUAGUUAUGGCGGACAGAUAUGUGAUUCAGCCCAUGGGGAUUUUAUAUGAUGUAUUAGUUAAGGUGGACAGCUUUAUAUUUCCAGCUGAUUUUGUCAUUCUCAAUUGUGAGGUGGAUUUUGAGGUUCCCAUAAUCUUAGGUAAACCUUUUAUCACAACCAGGAGUGUACUUAUUGAUUUGAGGGAAAAUGAACUACUAUUCAAGUUGAAUGAUGGGUAG